AAUUAGGAAAGUAACUUUCUCUCCAACAUUCAUUCCCAUAUGUGACUGUGGCUGUACAACAUAUCCUCUCUAUAUAUUCAAAAAUAAAUAUAUCUUUACAACCAAAAUGAUGGGUGCAAAUCAAGUGGAUUCAAAUGGAGCAUUUCUCGUUGUCGAUAAGUUUUUGCCCCUCCAAUGGGUUGAGAACUUACUCUUUUUUGGAGCGCUAGGAAGUGCUUUCCUGUACUUAUUGUACUUCCAGCUAAUCAAACGCCAGUGGUACCUACGGGUAAGGACCUUUUUCUUUAGAAGCAAGCCGGACUCAUUCGCUGAGAUCGAGGGCAGUGACGAUGACGAUGGUUUCGUGGAUGGCGAUGCAUCGGAGAAUCUCAAUCCGGAGCAUAGCGUGGAGCAGUAUCGCCGUCAGCGUUUCGAGGCUGCCGCAGCAGCAGUUAAGCACUCCUCUGUACAGGAGAUGUAUAACUUACCCAUGGGGGCAGCACCACUUCGCCGUCGUGGAAAUUUGGCCUAGAGAGCUGGAAUUAUACCCUCCAACUUCCUUAAUCCACGAAUGUCACAAUAAAUAGAACAAUUACGGAACGGACAUUUGAAGACCACGAUCUCCGUAUCCGUCGACUUAAUAAAAUUCCAGGCCCAACCGUAAUCCUUUGAAAUUAA